AUGGAUGUCAAAACUGCUUUUCUAAAUGGGAACCUUCAGGAAGAAGUUUAUGUGGAACAGCCACCAGGUUUCCAAGAUCCAAAUAACUUAGAUCAUGUCUACCGUCUCAAGAAAGCUCUGUAUGGGCUAAAGCAUGCUCCCCGAGCCUGGUAUGAGAGGCUCUCCACUCAUCUUGUAGGAAAAGGGUAUGCUAGAGGGUCUAUUGAUAAAACACUGUUUGUAAAACCAACCAAAAAUGACAUUAUCAUUGCCCAAGUGUAUGUUGAUGACAUUGUUUUUGGUUCCACUUCCAGAUAUCUUGUCAAAGAGUUCCAAUCUGUCAUAGAAAGUGAAUUUGAAAUGAGCAUGUGUGGUGAACUAACUUUUUUUCUUGGACUGCAAGUAAAGCAGAUGGACACAGGUUUGUUUCUCUCUCAAACAAAAUACGCUGAAAAUCUGAUCAAGAAAUUUGGUCUUGAAUCUAAGAAGACAGUGAGCAAUCCCAUGAGUACCACUACUAAGCUGAGCGAAGACCAGGAUGGGAAAUCAGUUGAUCACACAAUGUAUCGUAGUAUGAUAGGCAGCCUGCUCUAUCUCACUGCCAGCAGACCCGACAUAUCUUACAGUGUAAGAGUGUGCACUCGCAUUCAAGCUAACCCUAAAGAAUCACACUUGGAAGCUGUCAAGAGAAUCAUUCGCUAUAUAUCCGGAACAGUUAACUGUGGAAUUUUCUAUACCUUCGACACUAAUGUGGAAAUUGCAGGAUAUUCUGACGCUGACUGGGGAGGAAACUUAAAGGAUAGAAAAAGUACUUCAGGGGGAUGUUUCUUCAUUGGCAACAAUCUGGUUGCCUGGCAUAGCAAGAAACAAAAUUGCAUCUCUUUAUCUACUGCAGAAGCUGAGUUCUUUCACAAACUGAUUCUAUCACCAUGGUUCGCACCAAGACAACCACUCGCCUUGGUGGACCGGCGACUUCCUCCUCCAGAGGAAGGCCUCCAGGCUGCUGUGAGGGCCGGGAUUCUCCAUCCUGGCAUGCACCGUGAACGAAGUCGUACUCCUCCUCCUCCUCCUCGUCGAUCUCCAUCCCCUGAUCCCUCUCGCUACUCCUCUCUUCGGGAUGCUAUUCUCGUGGCUGAUUAG